AAAACCCCUAAUUUGAAUUCAAAAACCUGGACUUUGCUGACAGUCUCAAUCCUCCGGCAAUGGAUCGUUUACAGCUCUUCGCCGGCGACGGAGAUUCUUCAGACGAAGACAUUUCCAAAAUCGAAAUCGACCAGGAAUUCGCCAAACGAUACGAGCACAACAAGAAGCGAGAGGAACUUCACAGGUACGAAGCCCUCAAGAAGCAGGGCAAAGUUGAAUCGUCGGAUUCCGAGGAAUCCUCGUCGGAGGAGGAGUUCACGAAACCGAGUAAGAAGACCGACGCCAAAUUUUUCGAUGCGUUGAUUAAGGUGAAGAAUCAAGACCCGAUUUUGAGGGAGCCUGAUGCGAAAUUGUUCGAUUCUGACUCCGACGACAGCGAUCAAGACGAGGAUUCUUCUAAUAAGAAGAAGGAGAAGAAGGGGAAGCCGAUGUAUUUGAAAGAUGUUGUUUCGAAGCAAUUGAUUGAGGCUGGUCCAGAGCUGAGUGAUGAAGAGGAGGAAAAUGGGGAUGAUGAUGAUAAGGUGAAGAGUUAUUCGCAAGAGCAGGAGGAGAGGAGGAAGCAGAUAGUGCAAUCUCUGGAUGAGGGGGAAACUGAUGGUGAUGAUGAUGAUGGGGAUUUUUUGAGAGUGAAGAGUAGCGGGAAGGACGAGGAGGAUGAGGAGGAGGAUGAUGUGCUUGGGGAGAAGAUGGAUAAGUAUUUUGGGGAGGAUACGAAGUUGGAUGAAGAAAUGAUGUUUUUGAAGGAAUAUUUUUGGAAAAGGUUGUAUGAUGAGGAAAGUAAUGCCCGGGGCGAUGUGGAGGUGGACAUUUCGGAGGACGAGGAUGAGGUGGAAAAGCAAGAGGAUUACGAGAGGGAGUUUAACUUUAGGUUUGAGGAGAAUGCUGGCGACAGGGUGAUGGGGCAUUCGAGGAGAGUGGAAGGGUCUGUGAGGAAGAAGGACAAUGCAAGGAAGUCGCAGAGGGAGAGGAAGGAGGAGAGGAUGGCGCAGGCAGAGUUUGAGAGGAAGGAGGAGUUGAAGAGGUUGAAGAACUUGAAGAAGAAAGAGAUAAAUGAGAAGUUGGAGAAGAUUAGGGAGGUAGCUGGGAUUGGGAAGGCGGAAGGGGUAUUUUUAGAUAAGGAUGAUUUGGAGGAUGAAUUUGACCCCGUGGCUCAUGAUAGGAAGAUGAAGGAAGCGUUCGGUGAGGAGUAUUAUGGUGCUGAGGAUGUGGAUCCGCAGUUUGGGAGUGAUGGCGAUGAAGACGAGGAGGGUCUUGAGAAGCCGGAUUUUGACAAGGAAGAUGAGUUGCUUGGACUUGAUAAGGGUUGGGACGAGGUGGAUGAGGCCGGUGCAGGGUUCAAGUCAGUAAGAGAACGGAUAAUGAAAGAUAGGUUGGCCAAAGGGGAGGAAGAUGUGGUGGAUGAAGAUGGAGGCGAUGAGCGAAAGGAGAGGGGGAGUAAGAGGAAAAGAAAGCACAAACCGAGUGAAGUAGAGAAGGCAGUUAUAGAGGAGCUCUUGGAUGAGUACUAUAAGUUGGAUUAUGAGGACACCAUAGGAGAUUUGAAAACAAGAUUCAAAUACAGACCAGUAAAGGCUAAGAGAUUUGGAUUGACCUCAGAAGAGAUUCUGGCGCUGGACGACAAGGAACUGAAUCAGUAUGUCUCUUUGAAGAAGAUAGCUCCGUAUAGGGAGAAGGAAUGGAAGGUGCCUAGAAUCAAGACUAUCCAGCUAAAGGAAAGUAAAUAUCGAAAGGGAAGUAGUUCUCGGGUUGUUGAUGAGGAUAGGAAGGGGAGGCACCACGAGGGUAAGGGAAAAGAGGUGGAGGAUAAGGCGGUGGGAAGUGAAAAAUCACAACCUGUGGAGUCGAAUGGGGACGAGGCAACUAUUUCCAGAAAGAGGAAGAGAAAACAGCAACAGGCUGAACUCAAAAUUUCUCAGUCCAGGCUUAUGGCAUAUGGGAAAAUUCCCUCCAAAUCUAAGAGCAAGAAUUGAAGUUUAUUUCUGUAGCAGAUACAAAAUUUAGUUGAGAUGAGAUAGCAUACAUACCCUAUUCUCAGCCCUCCCAGCAUUGGAAUGAAAAGAUCGCCAUCGCUCAUCAACGAUGCUCGAUUCUGUAGUUUCAGCCACAGAUGCUCCCGUGUAUUUUAAAGACCGCCAUUGCCACCGUUACCCUAUGGGGAUUUUGUUGAAAGUUAAGGUACAAAGUAGACGCUUUCAGAUUCAUCUUUCCAAGAGAACAUGGAUGAUGAUUUUGUAAACUGAAAUGCAGAGAGACUGUAGAUUAGAAGCCAUUAAACUUAUUUUUGUGAACUAGUUGUAUUCCUAUUCUAACUGAGUGGGAUGAGAUUUUUGCACUUCAAAGAGUUUUGCUUGUAUUUUGGCAGAAAAAACUUGAAAUUUCUUUUAUCAAACAUGUAACUUAUUGUUGAAUA